AUGAAAAAUCAUGUUUCAGAACGAAAUUUGAAAUGGUUGAAUAAUGACACGAUUCUAUUCACAGUUGAGGGUGACGUGUCGAAUGAAAGUGGAUAUCACGAGAAUCAAGAACGACUUUACUCACUCAAUAUUACCAACGGUCACGUUGAUCGUUGGGCUGAUCAAUUCUCCGGUACAGUAAAAGAUUUUGCCCUGUUAGAAGGAGGUCGAAAGGGUGUUAUUAUUCUUUGUCAAUUGAAUACGGAGAUACAAGUUUAUACUCAAGAAUCGAUAUGUCAUCCAUUGAUCAAACGAACAGGCUGGAAUGGAACUUACGAAAAUAUCGUUACCAAUUUUGUUAACAACAAAUCCAGAAUUGCUUUCAUUCAUUCUUCAUUUGAUGCUCCUCAAGAAAUCUAUUUUACAAAUACAAUUGAUCAUUUGACACCAGCAAAGAAAGUCACAAAUGAAAAUAAAUUAUUUACCGAACGAAAUCUACCCAAAGGUACAAAAUAUCGAUGGACAAAUAAAGACGAUGGAACCGAAAUAGAAGGUAUUCUUCUCUAUCCUCCAGAUCAAUAUCAAGAGAAAAAUUUACCACUAUUAGUACUCAUGCACGGUGGACCAUAUUCAGCCAAUUUAAAUGUUUUUCAUGUCGGUGGACUCGAUAUUGCUUUGAUGAUGGCCACAGAAGGUUGGCUUGUGUUUCAACCAAACUAUCGAGGUUCAACAGGUUAUGGUGAUGAAUUUCUUCAAGGUGUAUUUAAAGAAUUGUUUUCACCACCAGGCAAGGAUGUUUUAUUUGGUGUUGAUGCAUUAAUACAAGAUGGUAUUGUUGAUCCUAAAAGACUAAGCAUUGGAGGAUACAGUUACGGUGGACAUUUGACGAAUUGGUUGAUUACUCAGACCACUCGCUUCAAUGUUGCUGUGACUGGUGCGGGUUGUGUUGAUCAUGUAAGUUCUUGGGAAAUAACUGAUCUACCUUUGUUUAGAAGUCACAAGAUAGGUGGCUUGCCGUGGCAAACACCUGAUCGCUAUCAACAAGAAGCUGCAAUAUUUCAGUUACACAAAGUUCGAACACCAACGCAUAUGGUUACGGGUGAAAAUGAUUGUCGAGUUCCAACUGCACAAUCUUAUCUAUUAAAACGAGCUCUUCAUAUUCUUGGUAUACCAUCGAAAUUAAUUGUUUUUCCAGGUGAAGGUCAUCUAGUUAAAACUAAUCCAUGGCAUGAAAAAAUAAAAGUUAGAGAAGAAUUAAAAUGGUUAAAUAAAUACGGUGCUAUUUGUCUAUUAGAAUGUGAUGAAGCCCCAACCUUAUCUACUAGUAAUCAAUGA